AUGCACAUAGAAGUCGAUGAGUUCAUCGUCGCUGGUUUUGUGGGCUGUUGUACUACUCGGUUGCCCGGUUCAUCGCAGCCCUUGUUCGAGGGUGCUUUUGCACAACCAAGUGCGGACCACAAGUCAGCAGCGGGUCUAAAGUUGAACACAUUGCUGAAACGAAAUCAUGAUCGCAUCACGGAUUUGCGGGCCUUUAUCCAGCGUGCUCGGCAAAUUUCAGACGCAGAUGAUCUCCCGCCAAGCCCGGACAUAGCACCGAAAUUGAUGAAUGCAGUGUUUUUGGACGUUCUUCGUGAGACCGGUGCCCUGUACAUUUCAUGCGAACGUGAAGCCGAUGUACAUGUGGCUGAAUUAGCCUGCUUUUUGCAUUGUCCUGUAGUCAGCAAUGAUUCAGACUUCUAUAUUUUUCGACCAAACUGUUCAUCUUCUGGCCCAUCUUCGUCUGGUGCAUCUUCUUAUCCGUAUCAAUUGAUUUCUUUGGUUUCACUCGGUCAACCUCAUCGACUAAGUGGUCCUGGUUGUGGUCGCUGUUCUUCGUCGUCGGGUUGCUACGCCCUUCCCUGUUCCAUGUUCCGUCCCACAGACUGUCCACUUGGGAAAAUUUAUCCGCCACUCUUACCUGUUUUAGCCACAUUGAUUGGGAACGACUUCAUCUCAGCCGUCCAAGUCCCGCCUGUCGUGAGUCAGCUUAUUUCGGAUCCGAAGCGCUCCACCCGAUUUCCCACUUACACUGGAAAACGAAUCGAUGCCUUGGUUGAGUGGUUAGCUAGGUUUGGACAAGACACUACCGGUCCGAUACGAGCUAUUCUUGAUUUGUAUUCCCCCAAUGAGCGUGAACCCACCGCGCGUCAUAUGCGCGAAAUCAUUCUAGACUAUGUAGUUCAACCGUGGGAAACUGGUCGUGAACUGGCGAGUCGGCUUCGUCUGUCCCAAAGUUCGACUGACCACUGCUCGUCACCAGUUAUAAACUGCAGUGGCAGUCCCGCACCACGACCUAACUGCGACCCAUUGAAUUCCAAACUGCCGCAGCUAGUUGAUCUGGUUGAAAAUGUGUUACCCAAACCGGGAAGAAAGAUUUUGUCAGCUAUACAUCGUGUUGAGGAUGAAAAAAUAUCACACGGUUGGCCGCAUGUUUUGAUCGAGAAACUGCACAAUUUAAACCUGCCCACCGGUGUCAUGGACACAUUGUACGUGCGUACUGGCAGUGUCCAACGUCUACUUUUCGAGGACAUGUUAGGACAAUCUGAGUCAAUCUAUCACGUGCUCAAUCCACUACGCCUGUUGUUUUAUAAUUUGCUUUUCGGUUUAGAACUUCAUUGUCAUACCACCCAAAAACUGUGCGGUGUUCAAAAUAAAUUGGCUGUUGAAUAUCGACGACGUGCUGAACAGAUGCUACCGUUCUCAUUUUCGCUGUCAGUUCUCACUGUUCCCCAUUGUGAUGAUGUUCAUUCCAUUCGCAAUCAGUCGAUUGGUUUCCUGUUGACAGAGUUAGGUUUACCAGGGAUCGCGUCUAGUCAUCUUUCUCCAGAACUAAAGCUCAUUCAGACUGUGGUUGUCCUGUGGUUUCAGAAUUCUCAGUUUUCUCGUCAGGACAAUGUGUCUUUGGAAUGCUGCUCCGUGCCCUUAGCUUUUGUUGUCUGUGCUCUCACAACGCAUGCCCAUCUGGCUCCGUAUCUGCACGCGUCAUCCGGGUCCUUGGAUCGCGUGGUAGCUGAGUUGUGUGAAUCGCUCACCACACUGGCGACUGAAUUCAAAAACACCGUGUCCAAUCGUCAAUUUUCUAUUCAAGUUGUGCAUCAGAUUAAUGAAUUGCAGUUGCUCAUGUUGGAGAUGAAACAUCUGGUCAAUCUUGUCGAAGGUCUCAUGAGAAACAAUCAUACCGCUGCUGGCCUCGGCCGAGGCGAUGCAUCAUCAUCCUCAUCAUCAGUGUCUAUGCCCCCGAUUGGCUGGUCCAACUGGAUCCAUUUUCCCAGUUGUCGAUUAAUCUACUGGUUUGUUUCUUGUCUGCAAGAAAUGCGCCCGCACUCCCGAUUCCAUAAUGCUGUGGAUGUUUGGUUACCUCGUGUUAAUCAAGCAUUCCGGUCUUCGGGGACCGCCGUUGAUUUGAACGAGUUAAAACGAGCAAUAUGUGAUCGUGCGGCUAUCGGAAUCGAAGCGCUUUUUCCCGAGAACGAUCGAGGAGCUAAAACGGAGUAUGGUCACGCAGAAGGAAAGUAUUCCAACUGUUACUAUUUUGAAGAUGAACGAGCUCUAAAUGCAUUAGAGCCGCGUGAUGAUUCCGAACCGCAUGAAGCUGCAACUCCUGUGUGUCAUGACGUCGUGGAUGUUGGACAAGAAGAUGGAGUACUACCGGCAGAACUGGAAUCCAAAACCAGGGAAGCAUUAAAGAAAUCACGUCGCAAA